UCUCUCCCUCUCACUGAAUCGCAGUCGCCCCUGCUCACGCACACACUCACACGCCCGCUCGCAAACGGACUCCAACCACACAGACGAUGCUCUGCCGAGACUUAUGGCUGACCCUGCUGCUCGCUGCCGCCGCCCUGGGGGCCGCCCUGGGGGCCGCCCUGUCCCCCGCCACCGACAUCAACAUCAUGCAAGCUCUGCCCCUGCAGCUGCCUGAUCCCAGCCAGCCAAUCUCCUGCCCACUAUUCUGGACGGAGUUCGAGGGCCACUGUUACCGCUUCUUCCCCCUGAACCGGACCUGGGCCGAGGCCGACCUUCACUGUGCCGAGUUCUCCAACGGGCCCAGGUCUGCCAAGCUCACCUCCAUCCACAGCUGGGAGGAGAACGUGUUUGUCUAUGACCUGGUUAACAGCCGUGUUCCUGGGAUUCCCACGGACAUAUGGAUCGGCCUGCAUGACCGCAGACAGGAGGGCACUCUGGAAUGGACUGAUGGCUCGCAGUAUGAAUACAGUUACUGGGAUGGGAACCAGCCAGAUGAUGGGAUCCAUCGCAUUCCCACCGAGGAGGACUGUGUGGAGAUUUGGUAUCGACAGAACAGUGCUCUGAGAUCCUGGAACGACAACAGCUGCGACAGGGCCUUCCCCUUCGUCUGCAAGAUCCCCGCCCAGGACCGCUAGUCUGCCAGGGACUCCCCUGGACCCGCCCUUCUCCCCCUCUGUGACAACAGGAUCAAAGUGGGGUCACUGUCGACUUCCUCUCUACCCGGGCAGCACCCCUUCCAUCUGACCGCUCGAGGAACAGGGACUCCUCCGCUGCUGGUCCGCCACCCUCCCCAGCAUUCUUCCGGGCCUCAUUUCCGACUCCGGAUUCAUCCUCAGGACUCGUCUUUUGGGCUGAUAUCCACUCCACUGUCAGCAUCACCAGUAUAUCUGCAUCAUACGGUUUUGCGAAGUUUCUAGAGUAAGGUCUCCUCCUGGUCGUGGCUCUCGCCUGGUAGGAGCUGGUAGGAGCCGGUGGGAGCCGGUGGGAGCCAGUCAGAGCCGGUCGAAGCAGAACACUGGGGAGGACCUUCAGAUUCUAGGUCGCUGGCUGCCAGGACUGCACACCCCACUGUCAGCUGAACAAUUCCUGAAUAAUUUGGAUAAGCAUCAGGAUGACUAACGAUUAUAUCAAGCACAGCGUGAUGCACUCAAAUAGCUCUGCCGGCUGUAACAGUUAUAAAAAGGCAUUUGUUUCUGCUGGAUUUCAUUUAAAGUUGUAUUGUUGUAAUGAUCCCUCCCCUUUAAGGAAAAAUCUUUUCUGAUUGGUUGCAUUUAUUGUCACACUUUGCUGUCGAUUCCUCCCCUUUAAGGAAUACAAAGGUAACACAUGG